AUGAAACAAGAUAUCUUUUACUGGCAAGCCUCGAAAACCUUGCAAGGCAUAAAAACUAAUUUUUUGGAGAAGAAAAAUGUGAGAGUCGUGAUCUGGAUACAAGCAAUGAUUCUAGAAUUUUUUGGCACUGAUGCAAUAAAAGCUGUGUUCUUUGAGGCAGAAGCUUUGAUGUUGCAAUUCCGAAAUGACCCAGAUAGCUUUAAUCGUGCCUGUUCCCGUUUAGAUGGUACAGCUGUAAUUGUGACGAAAAGAAUCAUGGACACUCUCAAACAAGUGCUUCGAUUAGAUACAGAUGAAGUAAAAUUUUGUACGCUCGGAAAGCCAGCAGGAGAGAACGAGUUAAAGUUAAAAAUGAACUUGGGCGUCUCCAGCGCUGUGAUCGAUGCUGAAAACGAAAGUGGUUUUUGGGACAAUGACGAUACUGUCAAGAUUAAAUUUUCCUUGUUCAGAAGCUCUUUUAAGUUUAAAUUUUUGGUGGCGCAUAAGGUUGAUCUUGGUGUAAAUAAUUAUAUAGUUACAUACGAAGAAGCUUUCUGGAAGGUUAAACAAACUGGUUUACGUAAUUCACAUCUCUGUAUACAAGGGUUACGUUCUUAG